CGGUAAGAACCAUCAAAGACAAAAAACUGAACGCAACCAUUCUCUUCUUCGACUUUGAGAAAGCAUAUGAUCAGGUGAAUUGGGACUUCCUACAACAAUGUAUGGAAAAGAUGGGAGUAGGCCCGACAUUUCGCAAAUGGGUCAGAGUGCUCUACAACGACACCCAUGGGGCGGUACAAGUGAACGGCCACAUCUCCAAGACAUAUCGUAUGGCUCCCUACGUCACUGAGAAGGCAGCAUCCGACCGCAAAACUAUCAAAGUCGUCAGACCUCUGGUCCCCGUCCGGUACAGGAGGAUAUUCAGCGAGUGGCAGGUGGCCACCGAUGUCUCGUUCACUGUCCCGGCGUUGGGAGUCCAGCAGAAUUUGGCCAGAGCUAUAAAAGAAGGAAUUUCAUAUGAAUUCCCUGCAGGCGUUUAUGAAGUCCCAGUGGCCCCUGCAAAACAUGCAGACGAAACAGGCCAGGCCCCCAAUACAGCCAAGUCGUUCGAGGCAAUUUUAGUGAAACUGGACGAGAGAGCUAGAUUACAUGAAGGGCUGGUAUGGAGAGCAUGGAACACCGUGGCAGCGCUGCCGUACAACACUCUUGCAGACAAGAUGUGCCCGGCAGAGGUCAUGGCAGUCUCCCUGGCCUCCAUUAUCAGGUCCCAUAUUCUCAUCACAGAGCAUUCUCUGCAAGACGAAGCCACGACGCUCCAUGUGAAGCCCGAUGACGAUGAGGGAAGCAUGGCCGACGACGAAGAUUACGGGAUGGCCGAUGGGAUUUCCCUGGAAGGAGCAGGAACUAGAACCACACCGUUGCCCGAGGGCAGCAUGGGGGCAUACAGCCUGAGCUCUGUUCCGGGGAAAGAGAACAGCGAGGACAGUGGGAACAGCGACGACUCUGAGCUGGGCAGUCCCAAAACCUCAACCGUCGUGCACUAUAUUUACUAAUCCCUCAGCUAACAACCCUGCCCCACAAACGCCCACCCCAACCGAGCAAAAAAAAAAAAGACAGAGGACAGCAAGGAACAAAACCCAGUGACCCGG